CCUGGCAGCUCUGGGACCUCCCUGGCCUCCAGCACCAGAUGUCCGGUCUCGGGGACCAAAGAACCGCUGCGGCCACAUCAAGAGACAGCACGGUUGGACGACUCGGACCACAGCCUGUGAGCAACUCUAAUCGAUCCCAUGUAUGUGUGUGUUCAUUCUGUCAGCUCUGUUCCUUAGAGAACCCUGGGAAAUCGGCUGGAUCAAGUGUGAGACUUUUCUUCAUUCUCAUGGUUGAGUGUGGAUGGGCUACAUUAUGCCUGUGCCUUCGUCCAUCCACCCACCCUCUGCUCAUCAUUUCACAACCCACACAUCCAUCCAUCAGUCAUACCCAUCGGUCCACCCAUCCAUCCACCGCUGUUUCCACCCGGACACUGAGUCACAUUGAACCGAGGUCUCUGACCAGAAGGAACUGAGUAGAGUAGAUGGCAGAGGAAGGAGGAAAUCUCUUCCCGGACUGAACACCAAGAAGACCAGAAAGAUCAAAACAGAGAAAUCUCCGGAGGGGAAGGGGCUGUGUCCCGAAAGACAAGGUGGCUCGCUUGCCUCAGCCCUGGCUCACUUGUGGAAGUCACAGGUGUCAAGCUCCUCCUAGCCCUGCCAUCUUGUUCCUGCAAACCAUUUACCUCUGAGAAACACCACAUUGUCCAGAAUACAUUUGGUCCAAGAGGUGGUCUGUAGGCUAGGUUCUUGAAAGAAGUUUCUAGAAAUGCACGCUACUUUCUCCGUGUACCUGCCUCUCUUUCCUGUCCCUCGUCUUGGGGCGCCACCAGCAGAUCAGAAAUGCACAGGAGCUUCGGGUUCCCAGGACGGUCCGAGCAUGCAGAACUCCGAGGGUGGAGCAGACUCACCAGCAUCCGUGGCUCUACGGCCUACAGCCCAGCCGGUGCCAGCCUCCCCACAGAGAGUGCUGGUCCAAGCCACGGGCUCAACUCCCAAGGGUGCCCCGAUGCAGCCACUCACACUCCCCAGAGUCCAGCCAGUGCCACCCCAGGUGCAGCAUGUGUACCCGGCGCAGGUGCAGUACGUGGAGGGCGGGGAUGCGGUCUAUGCCAAUGGAGCCAUUCGAGCGGCCUAUGCCUACAACCCAGACCCUCAGCUCUACGCCCCCAGCAGUGCAACGUCUUACUUUGAGACUCCAGGUGGUGCUCAGGUGACAGUGGCAGCCUCGUCCCCACCGGCAGUCCCCUCCCACGGCAUGGUGGGCAUCACAAUGGAUGUUGCAGGGACUCCCAUCGUGUCUGGAGCAGGAGCCUACCUCAUCCAUGGGGGCAUGGACAGCACAAGACACUCCCUGGCCCACACUGCACGCUCCUCGCCUGCCACGCUUGAAAUGGCGAUUGAGACUCUCCAAAAAAGCGAAGGCCUCGCCCCCCACAAAGGCGGCCUACUCAACAGCCACCUCCAGUGGCUUCUGGAUAAUUACGAGACAGCGGAGGGCGUGAGCCUGCCCCGCAGCUCCCUGUACAACCACUACCUGCGCCACUGUCAGGAGCACAAGCUGGAGCCUGUCAAUGCCGCGUCCUUCGGCAAGCUUAUCCGCUCUGUAUUCAUGGGCCUGCGCACGCGGCGCCUGGGGACCAGGGGCAACUCGAAGUACCAUUACUAUGGGAUCCGCCUGAAGCCGGACUCCCCUCUGAACCGACUGCAGGAUGACACACAGUACAUGGCCAUGAGGCAGCAGCCCACACACCAGAAGCCCAGGUACCGACCAACCCAGAAGUCAGACAGCCUUGGGGACAGUGGCGCUCAUAGCAGCCUGCAUGGCACACCCGAGCAGGCCAUGGCCACUCAGGGCCAGCAUCACCAGCAGUACAUAGAUGUGUCCCACGUCUUCCCAGAAUUCCCAGCCCCUGACCUGAGCAGUGUGCUGCUGCAGGAGAGUAUCACCCCUCAUGAUGUGAAGGCCCUGCAGCUGGUGUAUCGCAGGCACUGUGAGGCCACCUUAGACGUCGUCAUGAACCUCCAGUUUCAGUACAUCGAGAAGCUGUGGUUAUCCUUUUGGAACUGCAAGGCCACCUCCAACGAUGACCGUGCCUCGCUGCCUUCCAGCGACGAGGAGCCAGAAGUCACCCUCCUCCCAAAGGACAAGCUCAUCUGUCUGUGUAGGUGCGAGCCAAUCCUGCAGUGGAUGCGCAGCUGCGACCACAUCCUGUACCAGGCGCUGGUGGAGACCCUUAUCCCAGACGUGCUGCGGCCUGUCCCCAGUUCUCUGACCCAGGCCAUCAGGAAUUUCGCCAAGAGCUUAGAGGGCUGGCUCAUCAGUGCCAUGAGCGGCUUCCCUCAGCAGGUCAUCCAGACUAAGGUGGGCGUCGUGAGCGCCUUUGCACAGACCCUGCGGCGCUACACGUCCCUCAACCACCUGGCUCAGGCGGCACGCGCUGUGCUGCAGAACACGUCGCAGAUCAACCAGAUGCUGAGCGACCUCAACCGCGUGGACUUUGCCAACGUUCAGGAGCAGGCCUCAUGGGUGUGCCAGUGUGAGGAGAGCCUGGUGCAGCGUCUGGAGCAUGACUUCAAGGUGACCCUGCAGCAGCAGAGCUCACUGGACCAGUGGGCCAGCUGGCUGGACAACGUGGUCACCCAGGUGCUGAAGCAGCAUGCAGGCAGUCCCAGCUUCCCCAAGGCCGCCCGCCAGUUCCUGCUCAAGUGGUCCUUCUACAGCUCCAUGGUGAUCCGGGACCUGACCCUCCGCAGUGCUGCCAGCUUUGGCUCCUUCCACCUCAUCCGGCUGCUGUAUGAUGAGUACAUGUUCUACCUGGUGGAGCACCGUGUGGCUCAGGCCACUGGGGAGACGCCCAUUGCCGUCAUGGGCGAGUUCAAUGAUCUGGCCUCCCUGUCGCUGACCCUGCUGGACAAAGAGGACAUUGGGGAUGGACGCAGCAGUGAGGCAGAUGUGGAUGGCUGCAGCCUGGGCGAACCUCUGGUGAAACGGGAACGCAGUGACCCCAAUCACCCACUACAGGGCAUCUAGCCCCUUCCCUGGCACCUUCCACGCACUUCCGGAAGGCGUUGCCUGGCCCUCCAGGGAUCUGGACUCUCAGCCUCUCACACUAGUGCCUCUUAGACAGUGCCAUGUUUACUGUGACCCACGGUGCCCACCCCAGAGGCCAGAGACUGUGGGGAAUGCUGGUGGCCGCUCAAGCUGCCCACACCCUGCUAAGGUAUCCCCAGGAGAUACAGGGAUCCAUCUGUCCCUUGUCCCAACACCUUCCCUGCUCCAUGUACAAGUUGUGAGGCAUAUCCCUCCAAAUACCCCAGCUGCCCCCAUGGCUUUUCCACUCAGCUGCUCUCAACUUAGACCACCAUGUCAAAGAAAACCUAACCCUCGCUGGGCACUGGCCCCAUGCUCUGUUCCAUGCACCUCAUGGCCUCUCAUGGACAGGCGAGGCCUCCAGGUGCAGGCCCUGGCCCUAUAUGGAUCACAGAUGCUAAGACAUCCUGUCUUACCCUGGACAGGUCCAAGUCCAAGAAGAAAACAGGCACCUGUGUCAGCCUGUCAAACUGUCCAGUUUAGGGUCGACACCACACUAGCCCAGGGCUGGGUCUAAGCUGGGUUUGCCCAAUUGGCCGCAGCGGUCAGCACCAUGUCCACACUUCCCAGCAGCAUCCUGCAACCUGUGUACACCACAGUGCCUGGGUCCCUGAAGUCUUCCAGACAACACCCCAAACAAGUUAUGCUGCCUUCUCUGGCCUGUGGCUGACCCCUUCUCAACCCCAGACCCCAAAAUCUCUGGGAACGAAUGCUCACCAAGGCUGUGUGGGCCCUGAGUUCUAGACGCCCAGCACAUGGCCAUGCCACCUCACCACAGUUGCCAUGAUGGGAAUUCUGCCCCAAACACAAGCUCCUCCCACAACCUAGGAAGCGCCUCAUGAAAUACGAUAGUUUUCCUCUUUUUGAAAAAAAUGUUUCCCCAAUAGUUUUGUGCUGUAAUUGUUCUUGGAAAGUUCUUGUGAAUGUGUCCAUCACAACACA